AUGGCGCCAGUGUCUGGGAAGAUUAAAGGGGCUGCAGAAGCCCUCAAGGGAAUCCUUGAAGCAAAUGGUAUCUCCGACAAGGUUGCGCAGGAGGAACCAGAAUCUGUCAAGCAAAUCGAGAUGUUCUUGUUCAACUUCUCUAAGAUCCAAUCCCUUGAUAUCUUCACUGGGUUGACAAGCCUAUUCAUCUGCCAACAAGCCAUCUAUGAGAUUGAGUGUUUGGACGCGCUGCGUCACCUUGAAAGCCUGUGGAUAUGUGAAACGAACAUCUCAAAGAUAAAGGGCCUAGACAACAACAUAAAGCUGGAGCGCCUUUUCUUAUACUCGAAUAAGAUCAGGAAAUUGGAGAACUUGCAACACCUCACUCUGAUUCAGACUCUGUGGCUGCAGGACAACGAGAUCAGCGAAAUAGAAAACCUGGACUCUCUUUGCAACCUGAAACAGCUCUCUCUGGCGCGAAACAAAAUCCAUGAGAUCGGAUCGUCAUUAGAUAGCUGUACAAAUCUGUCAGAGCUGAAUCUUGCUGGAAAUGAGCUGUGGAGCUUCAAGGACCUUCUGAACAUUACGAGGUCGACAUCUCUCAGAAAACUAGCUUUCAACGAUCCUGAUUGGGGCGACAACCCUGUUUGCGAUCUCUGUAACUAUCAAACCUAUGUGUUCUUUCAUCUGCAGCAGCUGUCUCACAUGGACACUCUACCGAUUCCUGAAGAGGGAAAGCAGCUUGCAGAAGCAACAUACAUGAAGAAGAAGAUGUAUUACAACAUGAGGAUCAAAACACUCAAACGAAAUACCACCAAUAUCUUGAGAAAAGGACGAGAUGCCUGUUUGAACUUGAAAGAAGAAUUGAGCAAGACCUUGAUGCUGCUGAUUCGUCAACAAAAGGUUUAUUCAUACCAGGCGAUUGAGAACAAGCAAAACGAGAUCCAAGAAGCUGAAGACAUGAUGCUUAACAUGAAGACACAGGUCUGUGCGAUAUCUGAUUACAACACGAGCCGCUUGAUCGUUGAGCUUGAAACGGGUGGAAACAUUCGGCUUGAAGAUGGUAAGCCAUCAGACGUCUGGUACUCAAGUUGCGUGGAUCUGGUCAACUCUCGGUUCUUCCAACAAGAUUUUCAAUCCUACGGUGUCAGUGACCUCAGGGUCGUACGUGUGACAAGAAUUCACAACCGGUUCCUACGCAACCGGUUCGAGGAGCGGCUAGAGCAGCUUGUUGACACCUCAGACGGUUCGUACAAACGGAGUCUGGAGUAUCUCUUCUAUGGACAGGACCCCAGAUUGCCUGGAGAGAUCUUGCGAGUGGCAGAAGAAGGAUUCCGCGCUGCAGACUUCUACGGGGAGAUCGGCAUGGAGGCAGCUGUGUCGCUGUCCAACAGUCUGUCCAUUGCCGACAUCCCGCGCAUACAAGACGCUCUGAAGAAGCAGGGCAUAGCAUGCAACCCCGACGGCACCCCGAAAAUGAGAUUCGGAAUCGAGCUCGGCAACGGGCAACUGUUGAUCACCAAAGUGUUUCUUGCUCGCUGCACAGCUGAGAAGAGCUCGAGCAAGACCAACGCAGAGACAGGGCAGGACGAGCCGGAGGACGACUUGGACGCCCAGAAGCCGCUGCCUCUGAACCGCAACAGCUACCCCAAGCAUGACUCCGUGUACAGGGUGAAACCAGCUGACACGAAGCAGCGAACGUGGUUCGUGUUCGACCACUACCUCGUCCUGCCGGAAUACCUCGUGGAGUUCGAGUACGUCAUGAAGCACAAGAGCAUCCCGGACCCGCCCUUGUCCUUCAUGACGGAGCUGGUCGAGAAGGGAGUCCUCCAUCCUCAGAACGAGACUGAGGCAAGCGACAUGGGCCCCCUCGCGAGGUCUCUCAUCAAGUUCUUGUACCAGUGCAACUUGAAGAUCCAGUCGAACCGUCCAGAGGAAGACGAGUGUACAAAGAUCCUCAACUCUCCGCCCAUCAUCCCCGACAGGUCCAGCAUCACCAUGAUAUCACUUGACACCAUCAUGGUCCGUUGCGGCGCCGACCUCUCAAACGUCAAAUACCUCAACCUGCACAGCAACUCGAUCAAGAAGCUCGAGAACCUGACGGGGCUGGUCAACCUCGAGACGCUGAUCUUGAGCUUCAACGAGAUCUCCAAAAUCGAAGGACUGGAAACCUUCGUGUCCCUCAAGACGCUCGAUCUCAGUUUCAACCUGAUCCGCAGGCUGGACAACUUGAAGACGCUUUCUACUCUCACAUCCUUGGAGGUCAACAACAACCUCCUCUACCGGGCGGAGGAUCUCUCUGCCCUGCGCAAGUACACGCCCAAUCUGAUCGUCCUCAACCUCUCCAACAACGCUGUCUGCGAGCUCAAGAGCUAUCGGUUCUACGUGCUCCGCCGCCUGCUGAAGCUCGAGAUGCUCGAUGGGAGGAAAGUGUCCGAGUCUGAGCGGCAGGAGGCGCUGACCAACACAUCGUCCAUCAAGCUGAACAUGAUCAAGGAGUGCGCUUUCGUCCAGCGGAGGUCGACCUGGAGCCUUCUCCCGCAGAGCCAUCGGCUGAACCAUCGGCACCUGAGGAAACUCUCGAACCUCGAGAAGCUCGUGAACCUCAGGGUGCUGUCGGUAUGUGACAAUGAGAUCCUCUCGCUCCAGGGACUCGAGAGAUGUACUCUCCUGGAGGAGCUGCUGAUGGAGGAGAACCGGAUCUCUAAGAUAGAAUUCCUGUCAACUCUGGUGAACCUGAAGAAGCUGGACCUGGGGAAGAACAAGAUAGCGAGGAUCGAGGGCUUGGAAGGCCUGACCAACAUCGUUCAGCUGUCGCUGGAAGACAACGAGAUCGAAACUCUGAGUGGCCUCAACACUUUGACGACCCUACUGGAGUUGUACGUGGGGAACAACAAGGUGGAAGAGACGAAGCAGAUCCUGCAGCUCCGCCCUCUCCCCAAGCUUAUCAUCUUCGAUCUCUCUGGCAACCCUGUGGCGACGCGCGGAGACUAUCGGCUCUACACCAUCUUCCACCUCAAGAAGCUCAAAGUCCUGGACGGCCUCGGGGUGGAGAGCGGCGAGCAGUCGAGUGCGAACGAGACGUACAGUGGGAGGCUGUCGGAGGAGUUCCUGGUGGACAGGUUGGGGCAUAGCAGCUUCGGCCAUGUCAGCGAGCUCGACCUCGCCUCCUGCAAGAUCCGCGACACAGCCGACUGCAUCACCGGCGCCUUUUUCCCCAACCUCCGGAUCCUCAACCUGGACAACAACCUCAUCACCGACCUCACCGGCAUCGCCGACCUCAGCUCCCUCUCUGUCCUCCGCCUCAACCACAACCGGAUCGAGAACCUGCUCCCUGAGAAGCAGCGCAACGGCUCGGACGCUCCGGUGGUACCCGUCAUCGCCUUCUCCUCCCUCGAAGUCCUGCAGCUCGGCUUCAACGAGAUCCACUCUCUCGCUUCGCUCCGCCUCCUUCCUCUCUCCAACCUCAAAGUCCUCUUCGUGCAAGGCAACGACAUCUCUCGUAUCGACGGCCUCGAGAACCUCACGCAAGUUCGUGAGCUGGUGCUGGACAAGAACAAGAUCCGCCAUGUGGAGUACGGUGCUUUCUCUCCCCUGAAGAACCUGAGGGAGCUGUACAUCGAGGAGAACGGCCUCAAGUCUCUCUCCAAUUUCCUUCCCCUUCCUAAGUUACAAGUCCUCCACGUCGGCUCCAACAGGAUCUCAGAGAUGUCCGACAUUGACAAACUGUCACCUCUCCCAGCUGUUGUUGACCUGACGCUGGCAAACAAUCCAGUCGCGCGGAAGCAGCUGUACAGAGCGACGGCGAUUCAGAAGCUUCCUACGCUGAAGCUGCUUGACAACAAGGAGGUCACAGUGGAGGAGAGAGAGCGAGUGGACAUCUUGUUCACCAUCGACGCCCGAAACAACUCCAACUACCCCAGCCAGGCCGUAGCUCAGGCAGUUGCCAACCAGAGCGCUGGGAAGGUCCCAAUCAAGUUGUCUUCAGUGACUUUCGAU